GCGACCAACUACGCAAGACGCACUGCACAUAAUGUAUGCACAGUCCGCCAGUGUGAUGAUGUCAUCCCGAGUGAAGCGUGACUGACAGGGCCUGCUGUGUCGUACGCCACCGAAAGCACUUCAGCGGCGUCUCGCGUUCGGCAGUUGGAGCAUAGAGAAAGAAAACAAAGUUGUUGGAGCCCAUCGCGCGGCCAACCCUGACGUGUAGAACGCUGCACGUGCACUCCAAUUAGACGAAAGGGUCGAAGGUCACUCGCCUCGGUUGCUCGACGACGAUUGCUCCUUCUGCGAUGCGGCGGUGCCUCAAGCUCGUGCGAGCGUCGAUCGGAAUCGCCGAGGGCUUCAGCUGCGCCGGCAGAGCGAGGUUCUCCCGGUCCCCAUCGAGUUUACAGAACCUGGCGUUCAGCGCCCGUGACCGGGACAACAUGUCCUUGCGCGGCCUGAUCCCGCCGGCUGUGCGCUCCGUGGAGACCGAGCUGCAGGCCGUCAUGGACAACAUCAAGCUCUACGAGUCCGGGCUCGCCAAGUACCUGUACCUGCGGGAGCUGCACGACUACAACGAGAAGCUGUUCUUCCGCGUGCUGAAGGAGUACACCGAGGAGCUGAUGCCGCUGGUGUACACGCCCGUGGUGGGCGAGGCGUGCCUCAAGUACAGCCUCAUCUUCCGCCGUCCCAAGGGGCUCUUCCUGACGGCGCACGACGCCGGCAAGCUGUACGACGUGCUCGGCAACUGGCCCGAGAAGCAGGUCGACGCCAUCGUGGUGACGGACGGCGAGCGCAUCCUGGGUCUGGGCGACCUGGGCGCCAACGGCAUGGGCAUCCCCGUCGGCAAGCUCGCCCUGUACACGGCGCUGGCCGGCAUACCGCCCGAGAGGACGCUGCCCGUCAUGCUGGACCUCGGCACCAACAACGAGAUUCUGCUGGCCGACCCGUACUACAUCGGUUUGCGCCAGAAGAGGAUCCGGGGCGCCCAGUACGAUGACUUCGUGGACGAGUUCAUGCAGGCGGCCGUGAAGAGGUUCGGAAAGAACUGCCUGAUCCAGUUCGAAGAUUUCGGCAACCGAAACGCGUUCAAGCUGCUCGCAAAGUACAAGAACAGCUACUGUACCUUCAACGACGACAUUCAAGGCACCGCAUCGGUGGCGGUGGCCGGUCUCCUGGCCAGCAUGCGCAUCACCAAGACACCUCUGUCCGCCAACAAGUUCCUCUUCAUGGGAGCCGGAGAGGCUUCCCUGGGAAUCGCCGAGCUACUGGUCAUGGCCAUGGUCACAGAAGGCACCAGCGAAGCAGAUGCGAGAAAUAGCAUCUGGAUGCUCGACUCCAGAGGUCUUAUCGUCAAGGGUCGUCCGCCGCACAAGGACCGCGCCCCGAAUGGUGACAGCACGCAGUCUCACAAGGAGAAGUUCGCCAAGGACGCGAAGCAGAUGAACAACCUGCUCGACAUCGUGAAAUUCGUCAAGCCGACCGUUCUCAUCGGCGCGUCUGCGCAGAGCAACGCAUUCAACAAGGAGAUCCUGGAAUGUAUGUGCGCCAACGCCGAGCGACCCGUGGUGUUCGCGCUGAGCAACCCGACGCACAAGGCGGAGUGCACCGCCGACGCCGCCUACACGUACACCGACGGCAAGUGCGUGUUCGCCAGCGGCAGCCCGUUCCCGCCGUUCAAGUACAAGGGCAAGACCUACUACCCGGGUCAGGGCAACAACGCGUACAUCUUCCCUGGGAUCGCCCUCGCCGUGUCUGCCUGCGGCGUCACCACCAUCGGCGACGAGGUCUUCCUCAUCGCCGCCAAGACGGUGGCCAACACCGUGACGGAGCAGAACCUGAACGAAGGGCGCGUCUACCCGCCCCUCUCGGACAUCCACGACGUGUCGCUCAACAUCGCCGCCGAACUGGCGGCCCACUUCUACGCCACCGGGGUGGCAACCGUCAAGCCGGAGCCCAAGGACAAGAUGGCGUUCUUGCAGAGCAAGCAGUACGACUUCAGCUACCCCGGCACCGUCAAGGUCAAGUAGACGACGACGGCGACGGCUACGGCGCGCACACCAUUCUCCUUGUUGUUUUCGCUGUCAUCGUUCCCUGUGUGUGUGUGGAAGCCAUCGCCGCGUCUGCAAGCGUGCGCGCGUCCUUCGAGCGCGCGUGCAAUGCACGACAAUUGAAUUAUUUAGAUCAAUAUUGUAUUUUGUACUUGGUGGCAAUGCGGACGAGAAUUAUAGGAGCCAGACAGAGCUAAUGGUAUUAGUUAUGACAUCAUUGCUUGGGUGUUGCCUUGCUAGAUUUAAAAAAAUAGGAACAAAAAAAAUACCAAGUCGAGCACACUAGACCUGUCUGGGCUUGAAAAAAAAAAUAAAGAAGAACCUCGCGCUGCUACGAGGUUUUUGUCUCGACGUCCUAAGACCUAGAUUACAGUUUGUCCUAUAUCAGUGACGUUGGCCCAGUGCACCUAUACCAUUAAUUUGUUACUUGCUGCGACUGGCGACUUAAAGCAGGGUUCGUGGACUACAGCUCAUGAUACAUCGUGGAGCUGUUUACGAGCUUACCACACAUUGUUUUAGUGAAGUAUGAAACGUGGCGUCAUCGUUUGCACAGCGUUGUGGCUAUAGAGCAGUCUGGUGAUUGGUCUACUAAGCGAUCGUGCGUGUCGGUGCAUCUGCACAGACGACGUGGGUUUGCGUAGCCCGAAGAGGUGGUGCGGGGUGAGCGCUUUAAAUGUGAAGAGAAAGAUCGAACAAAUCAGAAACAUCAUUUUGUGUCUAUGUGGGAGCAAAGGUUUUCGAUACCUGUUAAUUUAUUUUGUAUUGCCUUGGGGUACUUUGGUAACGCAUGUCAGCUGCCUCUCUUUUUUUCAGUUACAGUUUGAAGUCGCGAUCCCUCUGUCUAUAGCGUGUCUAUCAGGUUUUAUCUGUUAGGUAUGUCGGUGGUAAGUAUCUACUUACAAAAUACAAGGCCGUCGUUGUCCUUAUUGAGCUAUCGGAAUUUCAUGUUUUCCUAGCGCUUGCGCACUUAGUUUCGUUUUUACAACUGAAACAUCUGAAGAAGGUCGCUGGUUGUCUUAGCAUGACUGCGCUUUUGUAUCCCAACAUUUGCGAAAGGAUGGAAUUUUAUGUGGAAGUCUGUUGAAGCGUUUCUUCCGUGUUACUCUCGCGAGGACCAAUAAUUAUAAUUCAUGCACGCAGUGGCAUUGACGUCGCGCUGCGGGCAGACCAAGCAAAUGUUACGAGGGGGCGUUGCGGCUUAAAAUUUAAUGAAUUGGAACGCCGCCCCCGCAUACAAUUUCAAGGAGACACGCGGAAUGUUUCAGGUGACCCAAUAUUAAACGAUGUUGUCUAACAACAGGCUCCAUCACAGGCUCCGAAUUUCAGGCAUACUUUUAUUCUAUAGAAAAAAACAAAAACAAGAACGUCGCUCUCAACCUAAAACUGGAGAGUGCGCGUCGGAGUCAGACCAGCUAAACACGCAUGGCCUUCUGCGCAAAACUUUAUUUCGACGAUACUUUGUUGUUUUGCGAUUCGGCCUUUCCGUUCCGCCUUCUAUCAUGGACAUAUUGUUUACAGUAUGUCUUGUUCAAUGGCUUGUCUUUAUGUAACUUGAAACGAAAUGCUUAGUGAAUGUGGUUGUGACGGGCUUAGGGAAAAAAACAAUGAAUGUUGUUGCCUAAACUAUAGCAGCGUUACGCAGCAGGUUAAAGAAGUAUUUAGUUAAGCUAUGUAGCCAUAUUUAUCUUAUUGGUUGCAUGGAUGAGGGUGUGUGCUACGGCAAGUUUUGGUACUUUCCCAAUGACAUAUAAAAAGACGUAAAGGAAUUUCGAAAUCAAGGUUUCUUGAAGCAGAAUUGUGGGGAUAUAUCCAUAGCGAUUGCCUUUUGGUUUCAAUUUUAUUCGGGAGAUUUGAUGUUAACCCAUCUUACCUAACAAACUGUCACUUCUGUUGGGAAAAAUUUGAAAUGUAUAUGCGCAGAAAGCCGGCUAUUGUGACUGUGGUUUAGUUUCUGUCAGUUUACAUAGCUGGUUGAAGAAUUUCCAGUCACUGAUACUAAUGAUCUCGCAUUGGCUUUUAGAAAGUGUGUGCAGCAGAUCAAAGUUUGGUUGACGUCGUUUUGGGCAAAUUAUAUGGUAAAUAAAAUAUUAAUGCCGCCUGCAUGAAAAUAAUUGACUCGCAAGUGUCAGCAAAUUUCAGUGCCCCAUGUUGCAUUUAUCACGAAAUAUUCUCGCGUUAUUUUUCUGUGAUCAGACACUUAUGCGUCCAAGAGGUAUAAACAGAUCUCGCAGGUUAAACCCUAAAGUGGCGGUAGUACUAGUGCAGCAAAAACAAAAAAAAAUAGUACGCCAAUUCUUUACCAACAGGACACUUACGUAAUGUCGUCGUGGUUCUCGCUUUGCAGUGUUUGAAGUCUCAGCUUCUUUUUUUUGUGUGUGUUCGCCUUGCGCAUUUUUUUCGUUUUCUUUGUGUUUCUUUUGUUGCGAGAGAUGUGAUAAUUCCAGCUGUUAAGCUACAUAUUGUAGCGAUUUUCAGCGAGGUGAAAUUAUUCACACGCGCUGAAGCCGCCGUAGUGUUAUUUAUUCUAGAAUCUCAGUGUUGUUACACAAUGAUCUGCGGCUUAUCACAAUUCACCGCUAUAUUUGAAGCUCCUGGGAAUAUAAAUGAAGAAUAAAUAGUGUGGGCGUACGUGGCUAUUUCACCUUCCCGGCGUGGAAUAUGUACACGAGGAGAGAAUUUAAACAGUGCGCAUCACUAUGUCCCCUGUGGCACAAAAGCAAGCAUGACGCCAAAGCAUGUGGAAGAAUGCCGUAGUAAUGUACGCGUAACAUUAACCGGAUCAAUAACUGUAUGCGCAUGCGCAAUUCUGACUGUUGGAACAAAAUAACAACAUAAGAAUAAUAAGUCAGGGUACAACAAUCUACGUUUUUAUGUCCUCGCCUGGCACGAACAGAAACAUACGCUGUGGAGCGCCUACUCGAAAGCUGUCAUUUAACUUCUUUGUCUCAGUAUAGUUGACCGCUAUAUUAGACAUAUGUGGCUGGCAGUUCUAUAUAUAUAUAUAUAUAUAUCGCGUCGGCGUGUAUUAGACGCUAAGGUAUUAGACUUACCAUGUCUUGCCUUGUGUGCAAUAGACAUGAAGGCACUCCUGCCAGUGUUAAGAGAAAACGUUGCGUUGUGUAUUUAUUGCAGUGUUUAUAUAUCGUUGCUUGCCGGUAAGAGUAAUGUGGCACACCCACAUACAAGUGCAAAUCGUGCACGCAUACAGCCUGUGUCAUCCCUGUCUAGAUCGCAGUGGUGGUAUGCCUCGUUGCGUUUCUGCGUAGUCCACCGGAGGGCGCUGCUGAUGCAGGACAGAACGCUCGUGGUGAGCAUGCGAUGCCGAGUGGAAAGGCUGCAGCGUUCGCAUUCGCGCAUCUCCCUUAAUUUUUUUUUUCGUUGCUUUGCGUCACUCUCCCAUGUAUAGAAUGACGUCACCCCGUAUUUCGAAAAGAACCCCAGCAGUUUCUUACGUAAGGGUGACAGAGAGAACAGUGGCGUAAGCGUCGGGGAGAGCCACUCGGGUGGCAGUUCCGAAAAUGCAGGAAUAAUGGGGCAAUGCAUCGGUUUCUCUAGCCGUCGCUUUUUGUGAUAUCGGAGGUCAUUUUGUCUUGUAGUAACCGUUUUGAGUCUAAUUGUCAUAAUUUCUUGUAUGGAAAUCAUUACAGUAAUUUAGAUUCCAAGCGCGUCGUUGCAUACCGUCACCAGAGCAUCGCAAAGAAAGAUUCUCUAAAUACAUAAGAAAAUGAUAACGAAUGGUGAGCGCCACUGUCCAAAUUUGCUUUAUAUUUAAUGACACAUGCGCUCUAAAUGCUAGUCACAUCGUGUGCCGAAAACGUCCCGGUAAGCUGCAUUAGUCCUGAACGUUAAACGCUUGAAUACAGUGAACAAACAUCGCGAGGAAAGCACGCUGACAGUGUCGAACCUGGAAAAAAGAAAGUCCAAAUGUGCAAUUUCAAUAAACGGUUUCCAAGUCGUCUAUGUACUAGGCCACGAUUACCGCGAAGGCCGACCGUUCGCAACGCCAGUUUUCAGGCUACAAACCGUCGUUUGAAAAUUUAGCCCAGCGAAUCGAAGGAAGCCGUUUAUCGUCUUCGUUGCGUGCCAGGAUACGCAACUAUGAGUGGCUCGCACUCAUAGUUGCGUAUCCCAGCUGCAAAGCUGUACUGCCCCAACCGGUGGGGCAGUACACCCCGCUGCUGCCCUCGUUCUAGCCAGGGGUGACGACGGCCGAGUGUAGACGCAUAUACAAGAACAACCUCUGUGAUGCUUGUUACUUAUGCGAAGAGUGAGAUCUGUGUGCUUUCCAUGUCUCGUCUAUUAUGGGCGCUUUCAACGGUGUGUGCAUCGUACUUUUUUUUUUUUGACAACGCACAUUAAUUGUCUUGCUUGCUGGCCGGUGAACGCGUACUGUGUCGUUGGUUCAUUGUCACUCGGAUUAUGUGAUCAUGCAUGCAUGCACCGCAGUGGUCUUCGUGAAGCAGUGGAUCUCCGAGACCAGCAGAAGCGAGUACCCUUUAUGGAGCACCUCAAUAAAGAAUAAUAAUAAUGAAAGAAACUACGC